CACAAGCUCGAUUCGCCAACGAACGAUUCCGCUCUCUGUGCGCAUGGCACACGGAGCUGCAGCAGCGCAACAGAUUCAAGUGGGGGAGAGAGAGAAAAAAGCGAAACAUAAAACAAAUCUUUCAUCAGCUGUCCGGCGCUGUGGGCAGUCAGCGCGUGGAUGGUUAUUUGCUGUCUGUAACGAAGGGUGGUGCACUGUGACAUGUCGGUCUUCAGCUGACAGUUUUCUGAGAGUAGGUGGUGCUACUGGAAGCCCCGGGGGAGAGGACUCCCUCUAUCCGAGCCCAUUAGCGUCCCAACAUGGCGAAGCGCGGAGGAGUCCCCCACAAGAGACUCAAAACACUUCGGUUGAUGCUGCAGAUCGCUUCGCACUCUUUCCCAGCCCUUAGAACUCCGAGGCGUCUAUGAUGUUGGAAAAAUGGACAAGUUUUCCGCAACCAUUUCCGAGAUCGCAUGGAGCUCGGUGUCCCUGCCAUUGGAUUUGGUCGUCAGCAAAUUCAGACUGCCUACGCUGGUGCGGUUGAGUCAAGGAGACCACGUAGAGGGCCUGACGGAGCAGGAUGUCAUCCUCCUGCACUCCUGUCGCCAGUGGACCACCGUCACCGCCCACAGCCUGGAGGAGGGCCACUACGUCAUCGGGCCCAAAAUCGACAUCCCGCUGCAGUACCCUGGGAAGUUUAAGCUGCUGGAUCAGGACCGGGACAUGAGGGAGCCGGUCCAGUACUUCGCCAGCGUGGAGGAAAUCGCCGGAAUCUUCCCCGACCGCGUGUUCGUGAUGGAGGCCAUCUCCUUCAGCGUGAAGGUGGUGUCGGGGGAGUUCAGCGAGGACAGCGAGGCGUACAACUUCACGCUGCAGGCGGGGGACGAGCUGACGCUCAUGGGCCAGGCGGAGAUCCUGUGCGCCAAGACGGUGCGCGAGAAGUCGCGCUUCAACACCAUCCUGCGGCGGCUGGGCCGGGGCGGCACCUUCAGCCGGCAGGUGAAGGGCAAGAUGCCCUGCCUGAUCUGCAUGAACCACCGCACCAACGAGAGCAUCAGCCUGCCCUUCCAGUGCCGCGGCCGCUUCAGCACGCGCAGCCCGCUGGAGCUGCAGAUGCAGGACGGCGAGCACACCAUCCGCAGCAUCAUCGAGAAGGUGCGGCUGCCCGUCAACGUGACGGUGCCCAGCCGGCCGCCCCGCAACCCCUACGACCUGCACGUCAUCCGCGAGGGCCACCGCUACAAGCUGGUGAGCAUCAUCUCCAAGACCGUGGUGCUGUGCUGCGUCCUGCGCAAGGAGGAGGCCGCGCCCUUCCACUUCCUGCUGCUGACGGACAUGCCGCGCUUCCUGCUGCCGGAGGGCCUGCUGCGGGCCGACCCGGCGUUCGAGAAGACGGCGCUGGAGUGCGCCCUGCUGUGCCAGGAGCACUUCAACGCCGACGACUACUCGCGCGCGGUGCGCGAGGUCAAGACCGACCUGGCGGAGGAGUGCGGCAGCCCGCGGAGGGUGCGGCUGUGCCUGCAGGGCCUGGGCUCGGGCUCCCUGGGGGGGCCCCUGGGGGGGCCCCUGGGGCACGCCCGCGACGAGAUCGCGCAGUCCUUCCAGCGGCUGUCGCUGUGCGUGUACAGCGGGGUGCUGCCGCACGCCAACGGCGACGGGCCCUCCCUGCUCACGCAGGGCUGCCGGGACUCCCUGGGGGAGCAGCAGAUCCUGCCGGGCGGGGGCGGGGGCGACCCCGAGCGGGAGUACAUGACCCCCGACUGGGCCGAGAACGAGUUCCGGGGCUCCGCCCCCGACCAGGCCGAGAUCCCGUACGAGGAGCUGUGGGCCAAUCAGACGACGGGGAGCUACGGGGAAGGCGGGGGAGGAGGGGGGAAAGGGGAGCAGAACCUCAUCUCCUUCAACUCCUCCAGCACCUCCCUGGAGGCGACGCUAGGCCCCGCCCACAUCGCCGUGGUGCAGAUGGAGGCGGGGAGAGUGCCGACUCCGCCCCCUGUCCCGCCCAAAUCAGAAGCUGUGAAGGAGGAGUGUCGGUUCCUCAAUGCUCCCCCUGUCCCUCCCAGAGGAACGAAAGGAGGCCCUGCCCCCAGCCCUCCGGUCCCGCCCCGUUUCCCCAAGGCCCCGCCCCCGAAGCCGGGCCAGGGCCCCGCCCCCCACUGCCCAAGCCCCGCCCCCCACUGCCCAAGCCCCUCCCUCUCCUACUACUCCUCCGGCCUGCAGGAAGUGUCGGGCCCACGCAGUGGAAGCUGUUCCCCGUCUCCGGACUCGUACUCCCUGUACUGCUACCCCUGCACCUGGGGGGACUGCAAGGCCUCCGAAUCGGCCCGGCCGCUGACGGGCCCCAACGGGACCCCCGGGGGGGGGCAGCCCGCGCAGGCCUCCUGGUCCGACCCCUGGUCGUACGCGGACGGGGGGCCCAGCGUGGCCAGCGGGCGCUCCACGCCCCUCCUGGGGUCGGACUCGGGGCACAAGAGCUACUACAGCUGCCCCAGACUGAAGCCCCCGCCCGCCCAGAAGCGCUUCGCCCCGUUCGGGGCGCUGAACCCCUUCUCCAACCCGGGGUUCUCGCGGAGCCCCACCUCCUCCCCCGCCGAGUGGCAGGAGGAGUGCCGGAGGUCGCCCUCGCCCUUCGACCCCGGCUGUGGGCGGAGCCUGUCGCCGGAGCUGGCCCUGGCCCUGGGGGACGGGCGGUUCGGGCAGGACUGCGCGCACGAACAGCCGCCGGCCAAGCCGAGCGAGGAGGCGGGGGCGGUGCCUGGCCUGCCCCCCCUGUCCCCCCUGUCCCCCCUGUCCCCGCCCCCCCCGCCGGCCCCCCCGCGCCCGGUCAAGGUGCCGUCGGGGUUCGAGGCUCCGCCCCUCUCGCCCGCCGUCGUCCGGGGCGCGGAGGGGGGCGUGGCCUGCGCUUACCUCACGCAGGGGGCGGUGGUUGAAGCCCCGCCCCCGGCCACGCCCAGCGCGGAGAGCUCGCCCGAGGCCCCGCCCCCCUCGCAGCAGCCAGCCAAUGGGGACCGGCCGGCGUGGCAUCCGCCCUCAGACCUCUCCACGCUGUCGGUGGAGGAGGUGUCGCGCUGCCUGCGCUUCAUCGGCCUAGCCGACGGCGUGCUGGCCUUCUUCGCCCGCGAGCGCAUCGACGGCAGCAUCUUCGUGCAGCUGACCGAGGAGAUCCUGUCCGACGACUUCCACCUCACCAAGCUGCAGGUGAAGAAGAUCAUGCAGUUCAUCAAGGGCUGGCGGCCUAAGAUCUGACCCCGCGCACGCCCCUGU